GUACGGACGACGCACACUCGCACACUCGGGUCUCUCCUUCACAUCCUGGUUAUAUUACUCCGGUGUCCGAGAAAACACACGGAGGAGGGUUUUCAGUUGUCACUAUUCAUUGAGUGCACUGCUUGCAAGGUUCCGUCGAUGUAAUUGUUACAAUGAACCACACAACGUCCACUACAAGACUACUUAACCAGGAAAGAAAAAUAAUUUGCUGAUGAAUCAUACCGGCGACACAACGAAAAGAUCUGUCUGUACAUAACGUUACACAGCUAGCUACUGAAUAGCUCUAAGGUAGUUAGCUAGCUAGUUGUUAGUUCUUGCGAAGAUGGCGGGGGUGUUUGAAGUGGAGGUAGACGGUGUAGAACACAAUCAUGGUCAUGGACAUCACGACGAAGAGCCCGUGAUUGAUAUGUCCCAGCUUUCACCAGAGGAGAAGUGGAGGUUAGAGCAUGCUAGGAUGCACGCCAAGCAUAAGGGGCACGAGGCCAUGCAUGCUGAGAUGGUCCUCAUCCUCAUCGUCACACUCGUCAUCGCUCAACUCGUGCUGGUGCAGUGGAAGCAGAGACAUCCCAAAUCUUACAACAUGAUAACAUUAUUCCAGAUGUGGAUAGUACCCCUCUACUUCACCACUAAAUUGCACUGGUGGCGGUUUCUCAUAACCUGGUUCAUCUUCUCCAUGGUGACGGCUUUUGUUACCUUCCGUGCCACACGAAAGCCGUUGGUGGUUACCACCCCAAGGCUUGUAUAUAAGUGGUUCCUCUUGCUGUACAAGAUCAGCUACACCACAGGGAUAAUUGGAUAUACCGUCAUCAUGUUUACCCUUUUUGGCCUUAACCUGCUUUUUAGGAUAAAGCCAGAAGAUGCGAUGGAUUUUGGUGUGUCUCUGCUCUUCUAUGGUCUUUACUACGGGGUCCUUGGCCGGGACUUUGCAGAGAUGUGUGCCGACUUCAUGGCCUCCACCGUUGGGUACUAUACAACAUCUGGUAUGCCUACCAAACACCUGUCAGACAACAUUUGUGCCGUUUGCGGACAGCCAAUCCUGGUGGAUGUCAGCGAAGAGGGCAUUAUCGAAAACACCUACAGAUUGUCCUGCAACCAUGUAUUCCAUGAGUUCUGCAUAAGAGGCUGGUGCAUCGUGGGGAAGAAACAGACCUGCCCAUACUGCAAAGAGAAGGUGGACCUGAAAAGAAUGUUCAGCAACCCAUGGGAAAGGCCACAUGUUAUGUAUGGACAGCUCUUGGACUGGCUUCGCUAUCUGGUUGCAUGGCAACCAGUAAUAAUUGGACUAGUACAAGCAAUUAACUACUUUUUAGGACUGGAAUGAAAAUGACGAAAACUGAUCUAAAACAGAUGAGUAAGGUGGACAAUAACUCCUCAUAAACAAAUGGACACCUCUUGGACCCAUGAAGAAACCAGUGGGUUUGGGUUUUUUUUUUGUCUAUAAAUGUAUUUUGAGUGUACAUGCACAUUAAGUGCUUACUGGUAUUAAAAACUAAUCUGAAUUGUA